UUUUUUUUCCCCAGCGCACCAAAAGCACAAGCGUAGCUCGUUACGAAGUGCGCUACGUAACUCUAACCUAACCCUAACGAUUUAAGUCGACUUUGUCGAACGUUUUCCGUUCUGAGAGUGAAAAAAAUCAUUUGAAAAAAAUCGUAAUGAGACCGUGAUGAUUUAUGCAACAACUCCCGUUGUUUGCCACAACGGAAAUGAAAUUACAACCGGAAAAGUGUAGGUUAGGACAAUCAAGGGAUGAUCAGACGGAAUGUGAACAUUAGACGGAAACUCGUGUCACGUUCAAGAGUUUAUUUUUGUUUUUUAGACAAUUUCUCAAAUUGCUUUAUGUCAUACGGGAAAAUGGACAGAUUUCGAAACGUUUUUUAUUAACACGUCUCUGUUUUUUGUUAUCUUCUUGAAUGUAUGAUAUAUAUAUUUACGAUAAAAUGCACUACACAUUUGAAUGCCGAGGUUAGCCGAGGUUACAUGUCGGUGAAAAUGUCGAACGUCAUCGUGAGGCCAUGCUUCAGAGGGUAUUUAAAACCCCUUCAGUAUCUGUGGCAACGACAACACAGCACAGUAAUUGAUUCAACCAAGAAUAAACAACAGAAUCUAGAAGCUAGACAGAAAGAAAUCAUGGCACGUGGCCUUCCAAAACGGAAACAUAUAAAGGAUGUAAAACAAAUUUUGCUUAUUGCUUCUGGUAAAGGUGGCGUUGGGAAAUCGACAACAGCUGUGAAUUUGGCAACUGCUUUAAAAAUUAUUGAACCAAAGAGGUCCGUUGGGUUACUGGAUGCUGACGUUUUCGGUCCUUCUGUACCUCUGAUGAUGAACAUACAUGAAUCGCCUGCUUUAAAUCAAGAGAAUUUCAUGGAACCUCUUGUAAAUUAUGGUGUGAAAUGUAUGUCCAUGGGAUUUUUAAUUGAUGAGAAAUCACCGGUAGUUUGGAGGGGUCUCAUGGUGAUGAGUGCAUUGGACAAGCUAGUAAAUCAGGUAGCAUGGGGACAACUUGAUUAUCUUGUGAUUGACACUCCUCCUGGGACAGGAGACACACAUCUCUCUCUAAUCCAGACUCUCUUUAUCACUGGUGCGUUGUUAGUAACAACACCACAAAAAGUUGCGCUAGAGGUGACUAGGAGAGGUGCAAAUAUGUUCAAGAAGUUGAACAUUCCUGUCAUUGGUAUUGUGGAAAAUAUGAGCAGCGUUAUUUGUCCAAAAUGUAUGACGGAAGUGCCUCUCUUUGGUAAUGCUACGCUUUCGCUAGCUAAAGAACUAGAUGUGGGUAUUUUACAGAAGAUACCAAUGCAUGAGAGCAUCGCAGAAAGUUCAGAUAGCGGUAAACCGAUUGUCCUAGCAACACCAAAUAGCAGGCAAGCAGAAGCUUAUAAAGAAUUAGCAGAACAUGUUGUUACAUUUUUAAAUAAACAGGAAAUAAAUAAAGAGUGA